GGAGUGAAACCGGUUACAGGAUCGACGAAGGAAUCAAGUGAAAGUGAAGGAUCAAUUUAAGCAAACCCGAGUGUACGGCUUUGUGUAAUCCUAUGGUGGGAUCCCACUAACGUUUGGUUCGCUGGUAACCGAUCAAGUACUGCAGUUUCUUACGCGCGGAUCUAUCACGAGCACGAAAUAUCUUUUUAUCCUUGCGCGAUUGUCGUGUAAACAGCGAACUAUUUCAAGCUUUUAAGCAAUCAAGAUGCAUCCCGUUACGGUUUUAUUCACACUCCUCUUCUCGCCGAUUUUCGUUCUCGGGUUUCCGGAUGGUGCGCCGGUGGAUGCAUGUGUAAAGCCACGGCCUAAUCAACCCUAUCAUGGUGACGCGCGGCCACAACCCUUAAAUACGAGUCCUUACAAGAUACUGGCUUCAUCAUCGCAGUAUGAACCAGAUUCGCAGGUCACAGUCACCAUUGUGGGUGCUCCGUUCAAGGGAUUCUUCAUACAAGCACGUGAUACCAAGUCAAACGAAUGGAUCGGUUCGUGGACUCAAACGCCGAACACGAAAGUACAUUCCGAGUGCAGUGCCGUAACGCACGCUGAUCCACACGAUAAGGAGCAGGCCACCUUUAUUUGGAACGCACCAGCAAACGCACGUGGCAACGUUUACUUCACUGGAUCUGUAUUAAAGGACUAUUCAACAUUUUGGGCCGACCUUGUGUCGCAGGUGGCACAAUAAUAACUUGUCAGCAUACUGUUUAUAUUUUUAUUUGUCGAUGAAGUGCUUUCGUCAAAGGAUUUCAUUUUUACAUUAUAAAAAUUUUUUUUUGUUUGUACACUGGGAGAAAAGUGGUAUUUGUAAAUAUAAUUGAAUGGUAAAAUAGAGUUAUGAUUAAAAGAUCCAUUUUUAUAAUUAUUCUUGUUAUAAUAUUAGUAAUAAUAACUUUUUCUUUUAUAGUUUUAUAGUUUUAUCAAAACUUUAUUAUAAAUUAUAAUAAUUUCAAAUAUUUAUGUACUAAAGUAUCAAGAUAUGAAUGCCAAACAAUAAACAUUUUUUGUAUUAAAUAUAAUCAGAAUUACAGCAAAUAUAGUUAUCUUGUUAACACACA